AUGUAACAAAACAUAGUUUUUGAUAUUUCAUCAGAUAACAGCUCUUCUUCAGACGAAGAUGAAUUCAGAAAAAUUGAUUAAUAAAAUAGCUCAGUAAAUUAUGUUUGAAAUACUAAUAGAUUUUAAGUGUAAGAGCUCCUAAUUUAUUUGACAGCGAUACUCCUUAGAAUUUUCAAUAAAUUCCAGAAUCUACACAUUCAGUAAGAAAAUAGCACACAGUCACCUUCGACACACUUAAUACAAGUGAAGGUGAAAAAAGAUAAUUAAAUAAAUGGAAUCUUUAAGAAAAAGAAAAUAGAAUUCGUAAUACUUGUACAACUAUAACCGAGUUAACUGAAAAAGGUAGAGGAAAUAGUAAGAAGAAUGUUAAUGAGAGUGUAGAGUAUUUACAAAAAUAGAAGUCUUAUUAACAAUAAUAAAUUAAGUCUAAUCAAUGUAAGCAGUUGUUAAUAAUAAAUAUCUAGACAAAAAAACUUAGUAAACAAAAAGAGCUCCUAAUGCUUGUUAUUAAUCUAUUGAUAAUUUUUAGAAUCAAUCUAUGGCAUAAGAAUUACUAGAAUUAGAUUUACCUGCUUUGAUUUCAUAAAUUACUAAUAAGAGAAGAACAAAUAAUAGUUUUCAUAAUCAUAAUAGUUCUUUUUAUAAUUCAAAUCCCAAGUAAAAUAGACAUCAUAUAUAUUAGCUAGACCCUAGAUGCAAUAAAAAAGAGGCUGUAUUGUUCGACAAUCAUUUCAUAAAUAAAGUUCAUAAUAAGAAAUUCCAAUAGUUUAAUAAACAAGAGAAAGAUCAAUCACUAUGAUUUUGAGAUAGCCUGGAAAAAUUGUUAAUUAAAAAUAGUUAAAAAGUAAUAGCAUUGCUUUGAGAAAAUGAAGAAAGGUGAAGAUAUAUUGUUUUUACUUUUAAUUAUUUAUUAAUAAUUUUUUUAAUUAAAUGAAUUGUCUUUUCUGUUAGCCGAUUCGGAAGACUUUAUAUGGCAAUAACUUCGAGAAAAUGCAGUUUAAAGGUAGACUCAAAUUAAAUUAAUUAUCAAGAAAGUAUCCUUACCAGAGAGGAUAACUAAUUCUCUUUAUAAUAAAUAUGCUGAAUCACAAAAUUAUUAUUUUACAAAGGAUAUCAAUGAAAUAAUAUUGGAUCAACCAACUAAGCCUAAUAUAGUAUUCAAAGUAAAUAUCAUUAAUAUUUCAAUUAGGAUUUAAUAUUGCUGGAUGAAGAAGUUGAAUAUAUGAAAAAAAUAUAUCAACCUCAUUGUUUAGAUAAUAAAAUGGAAGUUUUAACAGAAUUUUACAAAGUAUAUAUAUAAUUAAUAUUAUAGUUUCAUAAUGAUUUGCCUAGAUGGGCUGUCUCUAGUUCUAUUGUAAAUAUUUUGAAUGAAUAUUACAAUUAAAAAAGGAAACUUGAAUAUUACAAAAUUUAGAAAAUAAUUGAUGAAGAAAAUAAAAAUAAUCCUGAAAAACCUCCAAAAGGAAUUGUUGGAGAUGAACCUAUUUAAACAGAAAGUACUCCUCCUUCUCAUACCAUUGAAAGUGGAAUCAUUGUUGGAAAUGUAUUAGAUGAAUUAUAAAAUACACCUUCUUGUUCAAAACAUGAUUAGGAUAAAAUCAGUAAGAAAAUUAAUAAUAAUGAUAUACAUCAAUAACUCUUAAAAAUUGAAAAAUUAAAAACUGAAAGACAAUAAGAUAAUAAUAUAAUUAAAGAAUUCAAAUUAUAAUAACUUCUUACAACUGAUAAAAUAAAAAAUAUUAAAUAAUUAAUAACUUCUUAAAAAAGACAAUUGAAAAUUAUUCAUCCUGAUUAAUGUGGUGAAUUGGAUCCACCUAAACCAAAAUUAAAACAUUAAUAAAUUUUAGAAUAAUGUAAUUUAUAUUUUUAUGAAGUACAUAAAAGAGUAAAUGAAAAGAUCUAAUAAAAAAAAAGAACUUUAAUAUAAAAUAAAGAUCCAUCUAGAGAAAUCAAAAGUGUACAUUUUGGUGAAGACAAAAAAGAGAACUUUUUUAAAUCUCCUAGAAAUAUGAAAACUUAAUGUACUUCCAAAAUGACACCUAAAUCAUAUAGCAAAGCAGGUAAAACCUAAACUUUUCAUGAUAGUUCAUCAAGGUAAUUCAUUAUUAAAAUAAACUUUUAGAAAACUAAAUAACAAUAUACUUUCAACUAGGAAUAUUGGAGCUAAGACUUGUCAUUAAAUAACCAAUAAUAUCAAAGCAAAAAUGCAGUCAAAACCUAUAUCAUUUAAAACUCUUACUACACCAAGAUCUGUCUAAUAAAAAAAAUCAUAAUGAAAAAAG